UCCUGCUGAAGUUUCUUACCUCUCUGAAUACUGCAUUGUGAUGAAGCCUGUAUCCAUGGCCUUGAACAUCCUUCAGUCAGAAACAAACACUCAGAUGGGGUGGCUGCUUCCCACAAUCUAUCUUCUUGAUUCAAAGCUCAAAAAGAUGGAGGCUUCAGUCAAGGUAUGUCUUCCACUUAUUCAUGCUCUGCAGCGGGGUCUACAAAAGCGCUUUGGGGAGUUCAUGGAAGAUCCAGAACUCAUCAGUGCUGCAAUUCUUCUUCCCAAAUUCAAAACGUCAUGGACGGACAAGGCCCACAUCAUAAAAGCAGGAAUGGAUUACAUCCUGCGUCAUCUUGAUGCCAUGAAGGACACCCAGGAAAACGAAUCGCAGCAUGUCUCUGACGAGGAUGACUUCUUUUCUUCCAUUAAGACUGCUCCAUCCACAAGAGCAUCUGACUUGGAUGGAUACUUGGCUUGUGCCUCAGAAGAGAUGGAACUGCUUCACUCAUUUCCUUUGGUGAAAAAGUUGAGCCUUAAACUGAACACACCCUUGCCUGCCUCUGCAGCAUGUGAGCGCCUUUUUAGUUGUGCUGGGCAGCUGUUUACACCAAGACGAGCAAGGCUGGAUAGUACAAAUUUUGAGAAUCAGCUCAUUGUAAAACUGAACAACAAAUUCAAAAAGUAAGCUCAUUUUUGACCCCUACUUUAAAAUCGCUGCAAGUCUGCGUUCAUGUUGAGAGACUUUUAGAUGUUGAGAGUCCGU